AUGACAAACGAAAUUUUAGCUUGGAUAACUGAUAAUGAAACUGAAUUUUGGACGGAUCAUCCACAUGUUUCAUCAUUAGCUUAUGUUAAACCAAUAUCAGUUAUGUAUCUUUCAACAACAAGUCAAGAUGUUCAACCUGAUGGAACUAUUAUUAUAUCUUAUCUUAAAAAUUGGUGUCAUCUAAAAUAUUUAUUUCUUUAA